GACAUAUUUAUCUAAAUAUUUGACAGUGAUUGUUGCAAAUUAUUUAGACGACAUUUUUAAAUAAAUAAUACCAUUAAUUUUUCUCCCGUUAUAAUUGAGUGUGCAAACAUGAAAGAGUUGAAAAAAGAGCAGCUUGAAGAUUUAUACGUUUGGCUGGAGAAAUUCGAAAUGCCGCAGAUAAAUAGAAAUGUUAAUCGAAAUUUUUCCGACUGUGUGCUUCUUGCACAAAUUUUGAAGCAGUUAUAUCCCAAGUUUGUGGAUAUUCAUAAUUAUCCGCCGAGAAAUUCAACAGCCCUCAAGUUGGAUAAUUGGCAAACCUUAAAUCGAAAGGUCCUGCAGAAAUUAGGACUAUCACAAUCCAAUGAAUCGUUGGAUCGUCUAGCAAAGGGUGUACCUGGUGCCAUAGAACAUUUGUUAUACCAGAUUAUGAUACAGUCAAAUAUGGACUUGCAGCGGAAUAAGAUACCGACGAAUGAUAACAAUAUUGAUGAUGAUGAAAAUAUAAUGAUAGUGAACGUUAGCAAAAAAGUUGGAGAUGCACUAGUUCAAGUACCACAGAAAAUGAUUCUAUAUUCGAUGUACGAGCAAGCUCAGGAUGAAAUUGCUGAAAAGGAUCGUACCAUAGCGUUGCUUUCACAGAAAGUAACACAUUUAGAAAACUUUUUAAAAUUGAAAAGUGAGAGGAUCGAAAAUCUAUGCUGUCAACUGACAGGCGGUGGACCAAGCAAGAGAUAUUUCAAUGGCGAAUCUGUAAUAGUUUCCCAUCCAAAUUCAAGUUCUUGUCUUUCAUAUUAAUUGGGAUAACUGGAUUACUCAAAUAUGAUCAUAAAAUUUUGGAGAUUAGGACUGAGAUGUGUAUAUUUCGUAUAAAUAUAUUUUAAAUUGAUGUUUAAACAGGCGUCAAAG